ACUGUGUGCCAACGAUGUAUCUGGGACCCGUUUUACUCCUGUUGGCUGGCUGCACUCUUUUAACAGAAUCCGCUGUUGUACGAGCCGGCUGUCCUCCAGGAUGGUUUUAUUACAAAUCAAACUGCUAUGGCUACUUCAGAUUCCAGCUUCCUUGGUCUGAAGCAGAGUUUGAGUGCCAGUCUUAUGGACAUGGGGCACACAUAGCCUCUAUCCUUGAUGAUGCUGAAGCCAGCGUAAUUGCAUCUCACAUAUCUGCAUAUCAAAAGUCAGAGCCUGUAUGGAUUGGACUACAUGACCCUGAACAUAACCGUCGCUGGAAAUGGACUGAUGGCUCCAUGUAUAACUGGAGGGCCUGGAGUACUAAUGAGCCCAACAACCAGGGUGGCAAUGAGUAUUGUGUGGAGUUGGAAUACAAAGAUGGUUUUCGGAAGUGGAAUGAUAAGUGUUGUGACAUUCAUCGUCAGUUUGUCUGUAAAUUCAAACCCUGAAAGAUUGCACACUUUCCUCUAGAACAUGUAAAUCAGUGUUAUUUGUUUAUUACUAUGAUUUAAAAAUACAAUAAAUAUAUUUGAAGAGUCUUAUGUGUUCUGAUUUUUCCAAUAAUAUGCCUAAAAUAUUUCAAAUAAUAGAAUGAAACAUGGCAUAUUAUAGUCAUGUGUCAUCUUGCUUAUAACAGUCGUCAUUUACUUAUGUAAAUAAGACAUAUUACUGAAUAGGAUAUCAGUCACUCAAACACAUAUAACGGCCAUCAUGUUCUUAUUUAGGAUAUUUGUGAUAAAUACACCAAU